AUGUACCAUUUCAUGUUUACUGUGUUUAUUGUAGUAAAAGAAGAGAGCAAUCAAAUUGAUAUGGCAGAAGACCUGUCCAAGAUUGGGUCAGAGAGAUCACUUGUGCUUGACAGACUUGAAAGUAACGUUGCCAAACGUAAGAGCUGUAUGCCUCAGAAAUUUGUUGGUAAGAAAACGACAGAUAUUCCCUAUGAUUCUAAUGCCAACUAUGACAAGGAAAAUGAAAUGAUGCAGACACAUGUUAUAGACCAAGCAAUCAACAAUGCAAUCACCUACUUGGGUGCAGAAUCCUUGCGUCCACUGGUGCAGACACCACCAGGCAGCUCAGAAGGUGUACCUAUUAGUUCUAUGUAUGCCCUGCAUAAACCCAAUGCAGAUAUCACUAAUAAUGCCAGCCAGUCUGCCCAUGAAAGUGCAGUGGAGAAUCUCUUACUGCUUUCACAGGUCAAAUCCAUCUAUUCUGAAAGAGAAGUUUCUCCAAGCAAAAGCUGCCAAGACUCAACAGAUACUGAGAGUAACAAUGAGGAACUUGGUGGCCUUAUCUACCUGACCAACCAUAUGACCCCUCAUCCUAGAAAUGGGUUAUCAACAAAAGAGCAUAGGCCUUUUGAGAUGAUGAGGGCAUCUAGUGACAAUUCACAAGAUGCUUUUAAAGUGAUCAGUGAUAGUGGUGAAUCACUAAAAGUCCACAAGUGUGAGCAUUGCCGCGUAAUCUUUUUAGAUCAUGUAAUGUACACCAUUCACAUGGGCUGCCAUGGUUUCCGCGACCCCUUUGAGUGCAACAUGUGCGGUUACCAGAGCCAGGACAGAUAUGAGUUUUCAUCACACAUAACCCGGGGUGAGCAUCGUUUCAAUAUGGGAUAA